UUUUUUUGAGAUAUUUAUGACUGAGACACAGACCUGAAGUAGGUAUGCAGAGCUGGGCCAUGGAUGAAAGAGUGGAUAUCUGAAGCUGCCAGGGAAGGACUAGGAAGGGAGGAAGAGGUGAUUGUGAAUGUGUUUUUAGCAAGUAAGUUGGAGAUAACAUAAAGUAUCCAGUGACCAAGGUAUUCUCAGACUAGGAAGGCAGCCAUAAAAAUAGGUAAGACAAAUUGGAGCCCAAAUUUGAAGUCAAAACCCAGGGGAAAAAUGAAUGAGCUUGGCUAUGUGGAAUUGAAUUCUGUAUGCCGUAGUGGUCUGAUUUUUAAAUCUUAUUGUAAUUUAAGAUGUUCAUUUUAAGAGUUAGAAUAGGCAAAAUGCAUUCAGCAAAGAAAAUAUACUCUUCUUAUAUUAAAAGUAUGGUAUUGAUUUAACAUUUAGUUUAAGGCAAGAUCCAUUUGCUAGAUUUAUCUUUAACAUUUGUUUAAGACUUUUACUUGAACAGAGCCAGAGGAUAGAAGCUUAUUAUGCAAUAUUAACUUUGGUAGACACUCUUCCUUUGAAAUAUUACAGUAUAGUUUUACGUAAAGAGUAAAGUUCUGUUGACUAGGCUUUAUUAUACUGACAACAUUCUGUCUCUUUUCCAGACCCCAGUGUCUCUGUCCUCCAUCACACCCUGCCCCCAACACAGAAUUAAAUCAAUACCACUUAAGCCACACAGCAGUUUUGAGAUCUUUGCAUUAGUUAUUUAAUGUGAAGGGCAGGAAACCCCUGGUCCUCUGACCAUGCUGGCCUGAUUUUUUCUUGUGGCUUAUGGCAAUUCAAAUAUUUGAGAAUCUUUUCAUACAAGGAAGGUCAAGGGGAUUUAAAGACAAAUGACUGACAGCAGGAAAGCUUGUAAUCCGUUGCAGGGGUUAGUACUCGAGUUAUUGUAAUAAGAGCCAGUGUAUGAUCACGAGAGAGCAAGAGAAAAAUAAGGAAUAUCUUGUGUCUGGUAUGACAUCAAGUUCUUUUUCUGAUCUCAUUAAUUUCUAGGAGGAAUUUCCUCAGAUGAGACUAGAGUCUCAAGAACAUUAACUUCAUCGCCCAAGGUCACAUGGAUGGCAGCUAGAUGGCAGUUAGUAGAGUUAGAAUAGGCAAGCUUAAGAGUUAGAAUAGGCCAAGUGCAUUCAGCAAAGAAAAUAUGUUCUUCUUAUAUUAAACGUAUGGUAUUGACUUAACAUUUAGUUUAAGGCAAGAUCCAAGCUACUAGAUGGCAGCUGGGAUGUGAUCAGAUCCGCUGGACCUUAAAGUCCACGCAUAUCCCGUCAGUAACUGGCCCCCCAGACGCUGUCGCCAAUAGGCUCCAGUUCUGUUUCUUUAGCCCUGCCUUUCUCUGAGCGUCCAUCUAGGUAUCUGUGCUUGAAUGGCCCACAGGAACCUCACAUCCAUCCUCUGCCCCCAGUCUCCUCCUGCUGCCUCUCCCCAGUUUUUCUGUCUUGUAAAUGAUCUUCCUGGCCACCAGAACGAAUGCAAAAGAAGUGAGAUUUUCUUUGACUCUGCCUUUUAAUCUCCACAUCCAGUUGGUGGCACAUCCUUUUGACGAUGCCUCUUUGGUGUACCUCAGGCGCUCUGCCCUCCUUCCCCACUACCACUGUCCAGCCUCCACCGACUCUUGCCUUAGAUGCCUACAGCAAGCUCCAGUCUGUUGCACCAAACGUGUUUUCCCUUCUGCUUCUCAGAACGACUUGUCUGAAGCCAAGGUCUGGUCAUCCUAAUCCCUUUAGCAACUGCCACAUGGCCUGUUGGAUGAAAUCCUAACACCUUAGCAUGACUUCAGGGAACUCUCAAGGUCUGAUCUCUGUUCUGCCAGCCCGGUUCUUCUGCCUUCUCCACCUUGCCCUGAGUCCUCCAAAUCCUUACCUGCUGUCUGGCUGACCGGUUCGGAACUCACUUCACCUGAAGCACCUUUUGAUUGACAAGUCUCUUCCUGCCUUGUAUCCACGUCGUCCCUUUCCCUGUCCUUCCUCGCUGCCCCCUGGGCUCCCCUUCCCAAGUGCUGCCUUAUAGCAACAGGUGCACCCAGGGCACUCAUCAGAGGCUGUCAGUGCUUUCCUGGCUGCCAGACUGAGAGUGGGGGAAGGGAGGGACUGUCCCCUUACAACUCCAGCACGCCUUGCUGUGCCUGACACGCAGAGGCACCAGUGAGCAUCUGUCUCAUGAAUGAGGCGACAGAGGAAAGAGUCUCCUGACUCCUCACUUCAUCCCGGCGACUGCCCUUCCCUCGGCGUUGGAGCCACUCACUGCUUGCUCCGCGAUCGUUCAUGUUGGUGUUUCUUGUGCUCAGUUCACCCCUUUGCCCUGGCUCUUCCCAGAGUGUGUUGAAUUGAGCCCAUUUCUUCGUCAGUAAACCAGGAGCGCCAGACUGAGUGUCUUUUGGGGUCCUCUUGCCAUCCCCGGGCUGUGUGGUGACAGGACCCCCUUCUUGUCUGCCACCCCCCCCCCCCCACCGCACAGAUACAGAAUGUGCCUCUUCUAGCAGCACAAAGAGCCCACUUGUCCAGCAGUGGCUUGAACACAGUAUAUUAUUGCUGGCAGUUGGAUUGGUCCCACUGCAGGGCGUGGAGUUUCCCUGAGACAAGCACAGGACUACUCAGAUAUGUGAGCAGUAUCUCCCAAGUCCGGGGUGAGUCAUAUGGUAGGUGCUGUCGGAAUAUCAAGCCCGUCUGCCUUACAGCCUCAGAUGCCUUUCAGGCAGGAAGGUGAGCAGGCUGCUGACCCUGUUCUGCCCUUUGAUUUGUCGUGUGGUGUUCGGUAGAGCGACAUGACAUGAACACCCUAAGCCUGCCCCUGAACAUUCGCCGAGGGGGGUCCGACACCAACCUCAACUUUGACGUACCGGAUGGCAUCCUGGACUUCCACAAGGUCAAACUCAGUGCGGACAGCCUGAAACAAAAAAUUCUGAAGGUGACAGAGCAGAUCAAAAUCGAGCAGACGUCCCGCGACGGCAAUGUUGCAGAGUAUCUGAAACUAGUCAGCAGCGCAGACAAGCAGCAGGCGGGCCGCAUCAAGCAAGUCUUUGAGAAGAAGAAUCAGAAGUCCGCUCACUCCAUUGCCCAGCUUCAGAAGAAGUUAGAACAGUAUCAUAGAAAGCUCAGGGAGAUCGAGCAGAAUGGAGCCUCCAGAAGCGCAAAGGACAUUGCCAAAGACAACCUGAAGGACGUGCCGCACUCCCUGAAAGAUGCCCACGCGAAGUCUCGAACUGCUCCCCACGGCACGGAGUGCGGUAAAUCGGGCAUGCCGGGCGUGUCCCUCACCCCGCCCGUGUUCGUCUUCAAUAAGUCCAGGGAGUUUGCCAACCUGAUCCGGAAUAAGUUUGGCAGCGCCGAUAACAUCGCUCACUUAAAAAAUUCCCUGGAGGAAUUUAGGCCUGAAGGGAGUCCGCGGGCCUAUGGGGGCAGUGCCACCAUUGUGAACAAACCCAAGUACGGCAGCGAUGACGAGUGUUCGAGUGGCACGUCGGGCUCCGCCGACAGUAACGGAAACCAGUCCUUCGGGGCCAGCGGAGCCGGCACGCUGGACAGCCAGGGCAAGCUCACCAUGAUCCUGGAGGAGCUGAGGGAGAUCAAGGACACCCAGGCACAGCUGGCCGAGGACAUCGAGGCGCUGAAGGUGCAGUUUAAGAGAGAAUAUGGUUUUAUUUCUCAGACGCUGCAAGAGGAAAGAUACAGGUACGAGCGACUGGAAGACCAGCUGCACGACCUGACGGAUCUGCAUCAGCACGAGACAGCCAACCUGAAGCAGGAGCUGGCCAGCAUCGAGGAGAAGGUGGCCUACCAGGCCUAUGAGCGCUCACGGGACAUCCAGGAAGCCUUGGAAUCCUGCCAGACUCGCAUUUCUAAGCUGGAGCUCCACCAACAAGAGCAGCAAGUCCUGCAGACAGACACCGUGAAUGCCAAAGUGCUCCUGGGGAGGUGCAUAAACGUGAUCCUGGCCUUCAUGACUGUCAUCCUAGUGUGUGUGUCUACCAUUGCCAAGUUUGUCUCGCCCAUGAUGAAGAGCCGCUUCCACAUUCUCGGCACUUUCUUCGCCGUGACUCUUCUUGCGAUAUUUUGUAAAAACUGGGACCAUAUUCUGUGUGCCAUAGAAAGGAUCAUAAUACCCAGAUGAAGCCGCGGGUUCCUGUCUUCAGGUUCUUUCAGAUUUAUGUUUUAAAGAAAACUGUGCAUCCUACCAAAUUUUCAAAUGAACGGGGUUGUGCUGACUAGAGGUGACCAGGCCUGGGCUGUGCAUUGUAAAUAACUACAGUUCCCUUCACACGGUAGUACUUGCCGGCUCAGUCCCCAUCCUUAGCGAAUGUGAAUCUGUUUUAGAGCUCUCCCCACGUCGCUCACUGCCUUAAUCACACCAGAUCUUCUGCCCACCUGACUAGCCCAGCAUGGCCAGCCUCUGGUUAUUGAGCAUUUGACAUAAUUAAUGAUCCAGAAGAAAAGGGAUUUUAAGUCUCUGUCUCUCUCUUAAGUCUCUAUCACAGUCGAGCUUCACUGUUGCUUGUGGUUGCAUUUUUUCCCUGAGUCCUGUUAGCAGCAAGGAUGUAGCAGCACUUGGGGAGGGGAAGUACACGCAUUGGCCACGGUGAACCCUCGUGGCCUUUGAAAGUACAGAAAAUCCUGUGUCAUCCAGUCCACUUGUCCAGAGGACCCUAGGCCCCACCUGUUCCCAGUGUCCAUAGCGGUCAGUCGUGCGUGACUCACAAGUAACACGGAAAUCUUACGCCUGUUGAUCCAUCAGACGUCUAACUUAGAUGUUUUGUCUUGCACUUUAAAUGGUAAGAUGCGAAGAUUUAUGAGUGGGGCUUUCACCUUCUAACAUCCAGGGAGCCACACGUUGAUUUUAUCUGAAGUGGCCAUUGAAUGCCUUGCCUUCAAGCAUGUAGAAAUUCUUCCAAAUCCCACAUCAAGCCAUGGCUUGAACAUUAGGGUCCAGUAAGCACUACUCUGGAGGUUUGUAUUUCAGCACAUCUUAAUUGUGAUAGACCCCCUGUGAGGAUGUGAUUCACUCUAUUCCCUGGCUUGCGAGGGAUCGCAAAUCUCACUCCACAAAUGAAAACAAAUGAUGCUCGUGUCGUGGGGUUUUUGUUUUUCUUUAAGACAACAGAAUUGUACUUUUAUAAAGCGAAAGUGCACUGAGGUAGGCGCUCUGGAAGCAGGAGGGGAAAUAGGAUGUGUGGUCUAAUGGGGUGGCAGUUGGAUCAGGGGGAGCAGUCGACCUGGAUGGAGACUGAGAAGGUCCUCUUAUGACCCUGUGAGACCAGCCGGAAUCACAUAGAUUGAUCCAGUGUCCAAGCGAAGGCUGUCUGUCACCUCUCGGGAAUCUUCCUGGAGACAAGGGCCCGGGUAAUAGAGGGGCCGCGCUUCUUCCCCUGAGGUGAAAGCAUUCAGAAGUUAACAUCCUCAACCUGUUUGAGGGAUUCUACUCACUACUUUCAGCCCAGAUGAUACUCCCCUUUAAAUCUCUUUCUCUCUGUACCUGCUGAAAAUGAAGUUAGAA